GUGAAAUUAUGAGUCUCUACCUUUUCAAGACUUCACCUACCAAAAGGAUAUCAUGAAUCUUUAUGCUAUAAAAGAAAAUGAUCAUCAACAAUUUCUUCUCAUCACAUUCUUAGACCAACAACAAUUUAUUUCCAGUUUCAUGAUGAUCCUUUAUUUCUUCAUAAUUUUUUCAAUUUUGAGAAAUUGCAGUAGCCAAUUACUACCACCUUUACCAGCACCUAACUUAACCUUCUUAGACCAAAGACUUGCUUUAAUAUUCCCAAUAAUACAAAAUUUCAAGAACACAAUCACUCUUGAUCCUUUAGGUGUCACUCAAUCUUGGACAGGCCCUAAUAUCUGCAAUUACAAAGGAUUUUACUGUGAUAAUCCACCUUAUAAUACCUCAGCCAUUUCUCUUGCUUCUAUAGAUUUCAAUGGAUUUCAACUCACAGCUCCAACUUUAGAUGGAUUUAUCGAUCAACUUCCUGAUUUAGCCAUAUUCCAUGCAAAUAGCAACAAUUUCUCGGGCAUAAUUUCUUCAAAAAUUACUCAACUUCCAUAUCUCUACGAGCUUGAUCUUAGUAACAACAAAUUCAUCGGUACAUUCCCUAUGUCAAUUCUCAAUAUCAAGACCCUAACGUUCUUGGAUAUUCGUUAUAAUUUCUUCACUGGAAUAAUCCCACCUCAGAUUUUCACACAGAAUCUUGAUGCAUUUUUUCUUAACAACAAUAACUUCAUACAAAAACUUCCUGACAACCUUGGAUCUACCUCUGCUCUUUAUUUAACCUUAGCCAACAACAAAUUCAUUGGUCCAAUUCCACGUAGCAUUGGACAGGCUCCAAAUUUGUUGGAAAUUUUAUUCUUGAACAACUUGCUUACUGGUUGCAUUCCUUAUGAGUUAGGACUUCUAAAAAAAGCAAUUGUGAUUGACGUUGGAUAUAACAUGUUAACUGGUCCAUUGCCAUGUUCUUUAGGGUGUUUGGAAAGUGUGGAGCAAUUGAAUUUUGCUGGAAAUUUGCUCUAUGGACAGGUUCCUGAGGUGGUCUGUUCACUAAAAAAUUUGGUAAAUUUUACUUUAUCAUAUAAUUAUUUUACAAAAGUUGGGCCGUUAUGUAGGGAGUUGAUCAAGAAGGGAAUACUUAAUGUUGAGAAAAAUUGCAUUUUUGGUCUUCCUAAUCAGAGAUCAAUACUUGAGUGUAUAGUAUUUAGGAGGCAAAUUAGAUUGUGUCCAUUCCAGAAGAGUUAUAGUAUGAUACCUUGUAAAAAUCCGAAAUUUAGCCCCUAUAGAUCACCUAGAGCAGAAAGACAUUUGAUUUCGUACUCUGCUUUGUCAAAACAUACCAAGUUGUAUUGAAGCCUUUGUUUUAGUAUCUUUUGCUUUCUUCUGAAAACUCAAUAUGUAAAUCUCUUUUGAACACUGAAUAAGGAAAAUAAUAUGUUGUUAACGUA